GUAGUUCCAGCGGCGGCCUGCUGGGGGCGCUGUUGGCCGUCGGGAGCCGCACAGACGCCAUCUUGAGGAGACCCCGAGCUGGUUUGGUGACUGACAACAAUCUCGGGCGCAUCAUGAUGGGAUUACUCACCAACAAGUAGAACAGCGCCGCACCAGCUCUGCGUUUUUGCACACGUUUAACGGGGGGUGGGGGGUGGGGUGGUGAAAGCAAGAGCAGCUGCCCGGCCCGUGUUCACCUCUGCCCGGCCGUAGAGAGGAGAGAGGAGCGGGGAGGCUGCGAGCCCGAUGGCCGGCUAGCUGCUCUCUGGACUCCGCCGCGGCCUGCUCGGGGAAGAGGAAGGGGGUGGUGACGGAGCAAAAAUGCUCCACCGCUGACUCCCCAAACAACACCCAGAGAGUUUUGGCCGACGAGCACGAUGCUCCUGUAGACUCCAGUGACUCCCAACAAAUCUGCGUGUUGUGCGUCGAGGCCGGUGAGCGACCCGAGGCCCGUCCGUCCGUCCGUCCGUGCGUCCGUGCGUCGGAGCCCGGAGCCCCCUGCAGCAUGUCAUCCAACUGCACCAGCGCUGCGCCCGUCAGCGCCAGCAAAACCAAGACGAAAAAGAAGCAUUUCAUAGGACAGAAAGUGAAGCUGUUCCGUGCAAGCGAGCCCAUCCUGAGCGUGCUGAUGUGGGGGGUGAACCACACGAUUAACGAGUUAAGUAAUGUGCCUGUACCAGUAAUGCUGAUGCCAGAUGACUUUAAAGCCUACAGUAAGAUCAAAGUGGACAACCACCUAUUUAACAAAGAAAACCUGCCUAGUCGCUUUAAGUUCAAAGAGUACUGUCCCAUGGUGUUCAGAAACCUGAGGGAGAGGUUCUGCAUUGAUGACCAGGACUACCAGAACUCUCUAACGAGGAGCGCCCCACUCAACAGCGACUCCCAGGGUCGCUUUGGCAACCGCUUCCUGUCCAGCUACGACCACCGCUUUGUAAUUAAAACAGUGUCCAGUGAGGAUAUAGCUGAGAUGCACAACAUCCUAAAGAAAUAUCACCAGUUUAUAGUGGAGUGUCAUGGCAACACGCUGCUCCCACAGUUCCUGGGCAUGUACAGGCUAACUGUGGACGGGGUGGAGACGUACAUGGUGGUGACCCGGAAUGUAUUCAGCCAUCGCCUCACCGUACACCGCAAAUAUGACCUGAAGGGUUCUACGGUCUCAAGGGAAGCCAGCGACAAGGAGAAGGCAAAAGAACUCCCAACUUUUAAAGACAACGACUUCCUGAAUGAAGGCCAGAAGCUGCAGAUAGGAGACGACAACAAGAAGUACUUUUUGGAGAAGCUAAAACGUGACGUAGAGUUCCUGGCAACCCUAAAGAUCAUGGACUACAGUCUCCUGGUGGGAAUCCAUGACGUGGAGCGGGCAGAGCAGGAGGAGAUGGAUGUGGAGGGCGUGGGAGAGGAGGAGGAGUACGAGAACGACGGGAUGGGCGGAGGAGUGCUCACCGGCUCCUUCGGCACGCCUCCCGACAGCCCCGGAAACCCUCUCAACUGUGGAGGAUUCUUCGGCCCCGGGGAGUUUGACCCCUCUGUGGACGUUUACGCAAUCAAGAGCCACGACAGUGUUGUGAAAAAGGAGGUUUACUUCAUGGCUAUCAUCGACAUCCUCACACACUAUGACGCGAAGAAAAAAGCUGCACAUGCUGCCAAAACUGUGAAACACGGGGCGGGGGCCGAAAUAUCGACGGUGAACCCAGAGCAGUACUCGAAACGAUUCUACGAGUUCAUGUCCAACAUCUUAUCAUAGACUCAUCUCCCAUCUCCCAGUCCAGCCAGUCACUUCCUGUCAUAGACCUGUCAAAUGCCACGCACUUAUUUCUCUUCCCCUUCACCUCAGCAUAGGUCCAUCUCCCCCCUGCCUCCCAACGCCUCCCCCCCAAAAAAACUACCAGUGUCCUCCCACAGCUAGCACGAGUCUGGCAGGAAGGAUGCACGCCGCCUGUUACACUGACCCCCACAAACACUCACCCCAACACCUCCCAGACUCCCUCAUCCACUAGCUGACUACAAAAACUCAUGAAACCACUCUUUGAAUUCGGAAUGGCAUCCCGAUAAUCUCCCUGUUCUUUUUAAAAUUUUCUGCCUCCCAUUCUUCUUCAGCCACCUUGUUACUCCUCACGCCAGCACGGAAACUGUCUCACUAAUGCCUUGAACGAGUGUGUCAGCUUCAGCAGUUAACAGUCCGUCAGUACAGUCUCUUUGGUUUCUGUUCAUGUCGUUGUUGUUCUUAUACUUUCUAUUAGACACAAACACACAGACACACAGAUGUAAACAACUUGCACAGAUGCUGAAUGGUCAGAUUGCAUGACAAACACUUUUAACAGUUGCCAUCAGGCUUCUCUCACAGUACAAACAAAAGAAUCAAAAGCACUGCUGAAAAAAUUGGAACAACAGGGGAUAAACACUUUAAUAUAUAAUGGUGUAUUAAGUAAAUGAAUGCAAUAUCAAAAAUGCAUGGCUGAUGUGUACAUGAGACUCCACCAGUAAGUUGAAACAUCAAACCACUGAACUUAGCAUCUGAGUGUUAUGACUUAAAAAAAAAAAAAGAAACUGAAAAAAAUGGUGUUUGAAUGUUACGUUGCCAUAUUGUUUUUCAAUAUUUUGGAAAUUUUAACCGUGAGCUUGGUGGAGGAUGGUCUAAGAAAAAAAAAUUCACAUAAAAAGGGGAAAUCUGCAGCAAAUACUUGUUUUAUUACCAUAAGGAUCAUUUUUAUAUCUUGUUUACAUUAAUGUAGCAAUUUUGUGUUUGUAUACAGUAUUGUUUUGUUACCAACAGACAUUAGGAAAAAAAAGUUACUUGAAAAUGAUUCAUUGCAUAUUAAAGGGAGUUUUAUCUUG